AACUCUAACCAGCUGUGGUGUUGUUCUAUCAUUCCUUUGCAACAACGUCUGACUUCAUUUCUUUUUUUUAAUUUUUCCUACUUGAUAGUUCCAUCAUUAUAUGGAAGAAUCCAGUAGCAGCCAAACUCCAAGGUGUCCUUGUGGAUUCUGGGGGUGAGUACAGGAGUAACGGUCCCAACAAAGGUGGGAUAUAACGGACAGUUGUCGGCGAGGUAGGCAGGGCCGUAUCGGGCCAACCCAUUCAAGAUGGCAUCGGAUACGGCUUUUGUGCCCCGUCAAGCAGUGCACAAACUCUACUCUUAGUGCGUAGUAGCACAUUAUAUGGUCUGCCCAAACCCUGGGCUUGUGCUCCAAAUGCUAUAAAGGUCAGCAGAAAGAGAGAGAGCAAGAAUACGUGGCACAGUCUGCUGAUGCUUCAGACCUAGGUGGAGGACAGGUGUCACAGCCUAAGGCUGUUCGGUCUAGCAAGAUGGACUCAAAGCAUUGCCCUUCUCGCUCCUCUGCUGAUAAUCUGGCCACUCAGUCUUGUGCAUCCCAGCAGUCAAAAGUAGACGACUCACCUGACUCUAAAGUUCCUUCAUCUAUGCCUCCCAAUACUGCAGCUGAUGAACACACAACCAUAUCUGGUGAGGAAAGCAGUGGAAGUUGCCUCUCAUCAGCCCCUGGUGCAGAUCUUGUGGGUGCUAUGGUAACCAGCCCAAUGACAAUGGGCAUGAACUCUAAAGAAGACUGUGCUUCAGAUUCACAAACUGUUGUCCCACAAGCUGGUAGUGGGGCAUUGAGACCUUGUGAGUCAUCCAUUGUGGACUCUGGUUCUGGUCGUGUGCUCCCUGCCUGUGUUGUAGCAGAAGUGAGUGGAAAUGAACGUUUGUCUGCUGCUGAAACCUCUCUACCUCAGAUGCCCGUUUCCUGCAGUAGCAAGCAAGUGGUGCAGGAGAACCUGAAUGUACCAGAGGUCUCCACCCAGACAGUACCUGCUGAUGGGGUUCAGAGUAAGAAAAGAUCACAUGAAGAAAUGGAGAAAGAAGACAGUAGCUGCAUAGCCAUCAAACAGAAAAACAAAAAACGCUGCUUUAAGUGCAGCGUGAGGUUGGAACUUGCCCAGAGAGAAAUUGGCCGCUGUCGUUGUGAUGGUGUGUUCUGCCCUCUGCACCGAUUGCCAGAAAUGCAUGGAUGUGUCUUCGACCAUAAGGAGGAUGGCCGCCGCGAGGCACGGGAAAAGAUGAUCAAACCCACCAGGCACUUGGGGACCUCGUUCCGUCGUCUUGACAGCGACUCUUGAUGGGAGUCGAAAUUCUACCUCCCGCCUUGCCAUGUUGUCAGACCCCUACACCCGUGCAUGCCCUGAGCACCACCCAGCCCAUCUGCUCUCAUCAUUUCCCACCCACCACUUCUUGUUCAGCCUUCCCUUUUCCUGUUACCAAUCUCACUCCAGCCACGGUCUCCUUCCUUUUGCCCCAUCUCCACACCACAAGAGGCCAGAGCCUGGGCUGAGAGCACCAGGCCAGUACAAGCAUCACACAAAGAUAACUGGGGACAGUCACCAGCAGACCUAUUGACCUUGGCAUUGAAUUUGGAAUGCAGAAAAUAAAACACAGACAUAAUUUUUAUAAAUAAACCAAUUUCAAGUUUUUGUCAAAUUAUAAAUAAUGAAUUUCCUUCUACUUGAAGUGAUUGUCGUUUCGGGAAAAUGAAAGUUUAUUUUCUUUGAAGAAACUGCAUUGAGCAACUUUUUUUGGAAAGAGUGCUGCUUACUUCCUAAUAUAAGCAUCAUUUUCUGUGUUGGGCUCUCGAAUAUAUUUCCCCAGCAAGUCAGUGUUUGCUUUAUUGCCCCAUAUUAGCUCUGCAGUGAGCAAAGAAUUUAUGUACCUCGCUCCCUGAGAGCAUAUUGUUCUCAUGUGGUUUUAUGUAUGCAGUGUUAUGCAUGUCCAUUUUUGUUGGGUCUGUUCUGUUUGGGGGUAAUUUUAAUGUUGCUGUUCUCUUUGUGAGUGGGUUUAUGAUUAAAGUGAACAUUAAGUAGCCUGUAUCAAGCUAGCAAAGCCCCCAACUCCACCAAAAUUGACGUGUGUUAUAGGUCAACAAGAGAAUAUGUUUGCAUGCACGCAUUUAUUUUUUCUCUUUCGAUAGAAGCAGGCCUCACAUUAACAUCAAAAUAUACUUGCAUAUUUCACAACUUGAUUUUCUUACCACCAAGAAAUGUUCUAGUGCUUCCAUCCAUUGUCUAUUAACAUUUCAAUGUCUUAAGUUGUCUUAAUUUAUUGAAUCCCCCUCCCCAGUUAUGCUAAUUAUCAUUUGCUUGAAAAAAAAUGUGCUCCAGUAAUUAAGCCAGAGAUUGUACUGCUUUACAGCUGGAGUGAACAAAUGGCCUGCUGUGUCUGAUAAAGACAAGGUACAGCGGUCCAGCAUCCACUAAAACAAGGGGGGAAAAACCCAGGUGUUAGUGUGAUGUUGCAAAGAUGCUGUGAACCACUACAUGAAGUAAAAAGCCUGCUUGUUUGAGCCAGUGGUCAAAGGCAAAUAGUCACUGGAUCAGUGGUGGCAGGAUGGAGAGCUAAUCUUUCUGCAGCUCUCUUGGGAGUAUUGUGGAAGUGCACUGAACAAGUCUUUGGAGCAACACAAUGUUCUCUUACUGCAGUUUUUAUGCAUAGCUUGUGUACAGAACAUAUUCACUCCAUUACUACAUCACAGUUGGAAACAUCUGUGGGCACUAGUUGUAUCAUUAUCUGCAACAAGAAAUGAUUAUAAUGCAUAGUCUGGUGAUGUAUGAAAGUGCUUGAAUGUUUCACAUAUAGAAGCAGAUGUGUCCUGGUGUAUCAGUUUGUGUGCACAACUGUGAAUGCUUGAUUCUGACUACAAAAGCUGUGUGUAUAUGUGUGCAUAUGUUCAAAUGGAUGUGAGGUAAAGUUGAUGUUGCACACGAUUAAAAAUGCUUGAGCAGGUGUGUCUGCAUGCAUGCACAGAUGAGUGCGAGUUAACAUGUAUGCAUUCAAAUGCAUAAACAUAUAUAGCUUUCUCAUUUUGAUUCUACACUGGUGGUUUGAAUGUUUGCAACUGAAAUGUUUUGUAACUUUUGUCCUUGUAUUUCUUGUUUUUAGGAUCAAGCAAAAUAAAGAGCAUGACAUUGCUGA